AUGAGCGUAGGCCGCAACAUCGUUCUCGCAGCCGUACGAGUUGUAGAUCGCGAUAUCGCUCGCGUAGCCGUUCUAAGACCUCAAUUAAUAACCGCCGUUCAGCGUGUCGUUCACGCAGCAGAAUUCGAAGUAAAACCCGUGCGUGAACUCGUAAUACGUCGCGUCAUGAUAGUGUACGCCACCCGAAACGAGAGAAACGUUAACCUUUGCGCGGAGAAUAAUUCUAAAAAUACGGGUGCAAGUGAUAUUGUUGUUGUUGUGGUAGAUGGCAUUCCCAUGGAUGCUAUCAUUGAUAGCGGUGCUCUGAACGUGUCACUUAUUUCCUCGGACGUGCUGAGUAACAGAUUUGCUGAUGAGAAUAAUAGUGAAGACGAGUCACCAGACAGAGCACUAUCUUCGGGGAUAGGACCCUCGAUGCCUUCCUUCAAUGAGAACUCAAAACUUGGAGCCGUUAGCGUCGCUGGUCCCAGCGGCUCUAUACCACAGCCAGGGGUCAGUCUUUCGAUACCGUUGCUGGACGAAGACGUUGAAGCGGAUGGCGCUGGAUCAAGUGACGAUCAAUGA